AUGCCGCCCUCGCCGCGCAAGAGCCCAAGGGCCUCAGCUGCCACUGCCACCAGCAAGACUGUUACAGAUACGCUCGACGCAUCGCUACCACAUCUGAGCAAGGCGCAAGAGCUUGCAGAGCUCAUCGCUAGCCAACCCGAGCGACUUGCUGACGGUGAUGCUUCCCUCACCCAGCUCUCGACCCAAGCGCUCAAACAGAUCUUCGACUACUCCGUACAAUCCGAGCACGACUCUGUUCCAUUCAUCAGCGCCUUCAUCGAGACCGUCACACCAAAAGCUGAGCUUCUUGCGCAAAGAGCCUCUCGCUCGGGCGCAAAGCGAAAGCGCGGCAAGAAUGGUGUGGCUCCUCCGCCGCUCUUUGAGGGCACUCCGCUCGACGAGCUUGUCACCGAUGGCAUGGACUCACGGCAGCUCUGGGAACAAGUGGACUUGAAAGCAGCCAAGAUGUACGGCGUCAUCGAGCGCUACUUUGCUCAAGGUCUCCUUGGCGAUGAGGAGAACGACGACGAAGACGAGGAGGAGGCGAGUAGCAGCAAAGCUGGUCCUUCGCGCUCGCGUCCUCGUCCCAAGUACGAUGAUGAGGACGACGACGACAUGUCAGAAGAGGACGACGAUAUGUCUGGCGACUUUGACGAGGACGAUGAAGACGGCGACAUGGACUCGGAAGAGCAAAUCAACCAGUUCAGUCAGCUCAGCGACGCAGAUCUUCGAGCUCUCGGCAUCGACCCAGCCCAACGUGAAGAGAUCCUAGCAAGGCUAGCUCUCAACGACGAUGAAGCCGACGAGUCCGACGAGGCAGGCGAAGGCUAUCCGGGAGCCUCCGAUGUCAGUGACGGCGAUCCGUCCGAAAUCUUCUACGAGCCUCUCAAGACGGAGGCCGAACAGCUCCAGCGCAAAGAGGAGGAGGAGAUGGGAACACUGCCGCGUCUGCGUUCUCAAGUCGGCGAUGAUGAUGACGAGGUUGACGAAGACGACGAAGAUGAGGAGGCGGAAGAGUCAGAAGACGAUGAGGAGGAUACCGCAUCGACGCCAUCGGGCAAGAACAGCGCAGGCAUCCCCAAGUCGCUUCUCGCAGACCUCGAUCGACCGGGCAAGGCAUCACAGCGUUCCACCAAGCGACAUCCCACACUCGACGACGACUUCUUCUCGAUAGACGACCUCAAUCGUCAGCUUGACGAGCAGGACGCGCAAGAGGGAGCCGACCCCGUCGACGACAACGAUGACGACGAUAUCGCAGAUCAGGUCGACUUCUUCAAGCCUCUCGACGAAGCCGAAGGCCUCGACGAAGAAGACGAGGAGGUGGACGCAGAGCAAGAGGCUGGUCUUACCGACGCCUCCGACGCUCAUUACGCCGACUUCUUCUUGCCGCCCACCAAAGCGGCCAGGUUCAACAAGAAAUUCGGAAAGAGAAAAGCAUCGGCCAGAUUCGCAAACGAAGACGCAGCGGGUGACCGUGUCAGCGAGGACGAGUCGGAAAACGACGAAGAGCCGUCUCCGAGCAAAGCGCCGGUCCGCGUCUACGAAGAGCCCGAUCGCAAACGAUCCAUCCGCUUCAACGACACCAUCGAGUAUCGUCGUAUCAAGCCGCGUCACAAGAGCUCCUUCGCCGAGAUGAUGGAGAAGCUCGGCGCCUCCCCUGACGACUACGAUGAGGACAUGGACGAAGACGAGGAUGAGGAAGAUGGUGACGAGGAGAGUGAGGACGAUGACAUGGACAUGGACGAGGUCGAGUCGGAAACUUCCUCGGUUGGUCGCCAUGGCAGCGAUGAUGAGGAGGAUGACGAUGAGGAGGAGGACGACGACACUGACGAUCAGAAUCCAGACGAAGAAGCUCAGGACGAGGAGGAGGAAGACGAGGAUAACGCGGAUGACGGUGUCAACACAGCCCGCCGCGUUGUCGGCGAUCUUUUCGCGGACAGCGACGACGAGGCCGAUGCGCAGGAGAAGCUCUCGACGCACGAAAAGCGUGUCGCUGCCCUCAAAGAGGAAAUCGCUCGUCUCGAGGACGAGAAUGUCGCCAAGAAGGACUGGACCUUAAUGGGAGAAGCUGGCUCUCGCGUUCGUCCACAAGACAGCCUCCUCGAGCAAGACCUCGAAUUCGAGCGUGCCGCCAAAGUCACCCCGCAAGUGACGGAGGAAAUGACGGAAUCCAUCGAGGACCUCAUCAAGCGUCGCAUCCUCGACCGCAACUUUGACGAUGUCAUCCGUCGACGCGAGAUGGAAGCUCUUCCCUUCCUCCCCUCGCGUCUUCUCGAGCUGUCCGACAGCAAGAGCGCCAAGAGUCUGGCCGAGCUGUAUGAGGAAGAGUACCAAGCAGCUCGCGGGACCGAGGGCGAGGACGGCGCUCCUGUCGCUGAAGCGGACGCCAAACUGGCCAAGGAGCACGAGGAGAUCACCACGCUCUACGACGACAUUUUCAACAAGCUCGAUGCGCUCUCCAACGCGCACUUUACGCCCAAGGCGCCGAAAGCGACGAUCCAGACGCUCACCAACGCGCCUUCGGUAUCCAUCGAGUCGGCGCUGCCCGCGACGGCGUCGACGAGCACGAUGCUUGCGCCGGAGGAGGUGUACGAGCGCCCACGCCACAGCGGUGCCAUGGACGGCGCCAAAUCCGAGAUGACUCCCGAGGAAAAGCAACGCUUGCACAACAAGCUUCGCCAGGAGAAGCGACAGCGCAACGAGAAGAUUCAGGACACGCGCAAGGCGCUGGAGCAAUCCGGGCUGGUGCGGGCCAAGAAGGUCAACGACCGAGAGGAGAAGCAGCAGGCGCUCAAGAAGCUCGUUGGAAACAGGGGUGUGUCGGUCAUCGGCAAGGAGGCCAACGCUGCCGGGGCUGGGACAGGGAAGAACGCGAAGAACAAGGGCAAGGCCAACGGUGCAAAUGGUGCCGCCAAGCCGACUACCGCCAACCAGUUCAAGCUGUGA